CCUCGAAUACAAACGGCCAUGGCCAAUCUAAUGCAAUUGCAUAAAAACAAGUAUUAAUUUCCUCUGUCUGCACUCUGCUCCCCAUAUAAAUAUUAAUUGUAUCUCGUGUUGUGUUAUGGAGUACAAUUUACUUCUCCGGAAAUAAUUCUUGCAUGAUCAUCUAAGUCUCAGGAUAAGAUGGGAAAGUAUGACAAUGGUGGGAGUUCAUCAAAUCAUGUUGAAUUUAGUCUUGAAACCAUAAUCCCAAAACCUGAGGGUUUUGACUUCAAUUUGCCUUCUGAUGAUAUCAUCUACCCUACACAACUAAGGGAGAAUGCUGCUGCUAGUUCAUCUGCAAUAAAUGUGAGAUCUUACUUGACGGAGAUGGGAUUCCUACCGUCUCUUGUUGAUAAAGUCAUUGAAGAAAAUGGUGACGAAAAUGUUGAUUUGUUAUUGGAGGUUCUCAUUGAAUGCUCUGCUCGCCAAAACUCUCGGUCAUCAGAUUCUUUGGAUACCUUGUUUAAUAACAAGGAUUCGAGCAAGCCUCCUGAAUAUUCCACAUUUGUUCAAACAAAAGAGGAGCCAGAUGUAUUUGAAUUUGACGAUGGCAAAAGGGUAUCACUACUUCAGAUGAAUUUCUCUGCAGAGGAAGUUGAUUUUGCAUUGGCAACGCUUGGUGUGGAUGCUCCAGUUGACGAAAUAGUGGACUUCAUUACUGCUGCCCAAGCAGCUGCAAAUUUUGACGUGGAAACAGAUGAAGUGCUUGAACAUGGUGCAGAAAAAAAUGAGGAUAUUAGCAAUGAAAUUCUGUAUGGGACCAUGCAAACAACCCUUAAAUUGCUUGAAAUGGGUUUCUCAGAGAGUGAAAUUUCAUUAGCAAUUGAGAGGUUUGGUUCAGAAGUUCCAGUUGUAGAGUUAGCUAAUUCAAUUUGUGCAGAACAAGUUGGUGAGAAGUAUGUUAUCAAAGUUAAGUCUUCCUCAAAACAUUUCAGAAUGAAUUCUUCGCAUGAUACGAGGGAGAUUGGAAAUGACCAAAGUCGUCACUCAUAUGGUAGUGAAAACCGGGAGGAAAUUCACAGAGGAAAAAGGCCAAAACAAGAGUAUAGUGGAGGCUAUUCUAAUACCGAGAAAGGACAUUUUGGUUUUGAGGAAAAUUAUGGAGAAGAGCCAAAACCGGUAUAUACUGCUGACUUGAGCUUCUCUGUUGAACCACCUUGGAUGGAAGAAAAACCUGACACAGAAACCGAUAGAUUUGGAAUUCCAAGAGAACCAACGUUUAAACCACGCAAGAGUCUUAGCCACAUGGUAGCAAAACCUCCAUAUUUUUUAUAUGGAAGUGUUGCUACCAUAUCUUUGAACACUUGGGGAAAAAUAUCUCAGUUUUUGUACGGUGUUGAGCCGGAAUUUGUAGAUACCCGGUUCUUCUCUGCAUUGAGUAGGAAAGAAGGCUAUGUGCACAAUCUUCCAAUCGAAAAUAGGUUUCACAUCCUUCCGAGACCACCAAUGUCCAUAGAACAUGCAAUGCCACAAACAAAGAAAUGGUGGCCACCAUGGGAUACUAGGAAACAGUUAAGUUAUAUCAAUUUUGAAACUAAUGCCGUAUCUCAACUUUGUGAUAGGCUUGGGACCAUGCUAACAGAGUCUCGGGGAUUGAUUUCUGAUCAACAAAAGAGAGACAUUCUCCAAUAUUGCCAUAAACUAAAUCUCAUAUGGGUUGGUUUGCACAAAAUGCGCCCCAUAGAGCCGGAGCAUUUGGAACUCAUUCUGGGUUACCCAUUAAAUCACACUGAGACUGGCGAGGGUAGUUUAAAAAAAAGGCUUCAUACACUCAGAUAUAGCUUCCAAAUUGACACUCUGGCUUAUCAUCUCUCUGUAUUGAAGUCUAUGUUCGCCGAAGGAAUAACAGUACUGUCACUUUUUAGUGGAAUUGGUGGGGCAGAAAUUGCCUUACACCGCCUCGGGAUUCAUAUGAAGGGUGUUGUCUCAGUGGAAACUUCUGAAACAAAGCGAAAGAUGCUGAGAACGUGGUGGCGUAAUAGCGGACAAACAGGAGAGUUGGAGCAGUUUGAAGACAUUAAGAAGCUAACAACUAGCAGAAUUGAUAGAUUGGCUGAGAAAUUUGGGGGUUUUGAUUUGAUCAUCUGUGAGAGCCCAUGUACGAGCUCUUCAGACAAUCCUGAAAUUGAACAGGUGGGUGACGCACCAUCGGGCUUUGACAUGAUUAAGUAUUGUGAAUUUGUUCGUGUUCUGCAACUAGUAAGGAAUCUAGUCUAAACAACGUGGUAAUCAAAACCGUCAUUUAAAAAUGGUUAAUCAAGUUCUAUGCUAGCAUAUGUGCUUGUUAUUAGAACGUAGGUGAGGAUUUUGUAGGUAGCUCUUUAAAAUGGCCUAAUUAUAAUUUGUGCUUAGUGCUGUAUAAAUGUUAUUAGGCUCUCUUGUCUUGUUUUCAUGGAAGAGAUUGUGUAAUAUAUGUAGCAAAGGUUGUGCUAAUCUGAAAUUCUGAAUGAACCGAAAA